CUUUUCCCCGGCGACGGGUCCUUCCAGUUCUGUGUUUAUGUGCUGCGGUCGGACUCUGUGCAGGUUAGAGUCUGCUAAUGUGUCCGGCUGAUGGAUCUUGGUGGUCAUGGCUUGUCCUCCCCCGGACCCUUUGUUUACUCUGAGGGGGUCAGCGGCCCCCGUUAACACGCUCCACUUCCACUGCAGCAGGGCGGGACGUCCUUUACUGUACUCGGGGUCAGCGAAAGGUUGCGUCCAUGUGUGGAAUCUAAACAAUCGGAGAGCAGAGCAAGUCCUCGAAGGUCAUGAUGGAGCUUCAGUCAUCUGGGUCAGCACUGUCAACUCCACUGACGCACUCCUCAGUCAGGGUCGGGACAUGCGAGUGUGCAUGUGGGAUUUGCACGAGGGCCGCAACACAUUAACACACUCUCUCCACACUGGAAGCGUCGGGUUCUGUCAGUGCAGCCUGCUGGAGGCAGAGACAAGCAAAACCCUGCUGGCGCUCCCAGCAGAACACACGGAGGAGAUUAAAGUGAUGGAGUUGGACAGUCAGACCCCAGUGUGCUCGUUAAUUCCAGACCCCAAACGGGGCAUGCUCAUGUGUAUGAAGAUGUUUCAGGCAGACUCAGGUCCUCUGUUGUGUGCUGGUUACGAAGACGGUUCUCUGGUACUUUGGGAUGUAUCUCAUAGGCGUUCUCUCAGCUGCCUAAAGGCCCAUCCAGAGCCAGUCAUGUGUCUGGACUUUGACACAGACAGGCAGAAAGGCAUCUCGGGGUCCUCAGACAAGACCCUGACCUCCUGGACCAUCGACAGCCAGCAGAACCUUCAGAUGCAGAACUCAGUGCUGCUGACCAAUCCUGGAGUUUCCCAGCUGUGCAUACGUGCUGAUGGGAAGAUUGUGGCAGCGGCUGGCUGGGACGGCAGCGUGCGGGUUUUCGGCUGGAAGAGACUGAAGCCUCUCGCCGUCCUGCAGCACCACAAGGAUUUGGUUCACAGCGUGGCCUUCUCAGACCAUCCCGAGCCCUCGCAGAGACUGAUGGCAGCAGGAUCCAAGGACCAGCGCAUCAGCCUGUGGUCUAUUUACAGUGAAAGCUGAGUCCAGGUUUUGGAGACUGAGCUUCAAAGUGUCUUCUCCUUAAAUCCUGGUGGUAAAAUAAUAUUAAAAGAAUAAGGUACAGCCUGUUGGCUGCCACACAUAUUAGCAGUUUGACUUUUGAAGGGUUCCUGCUGAUAUACAUCACAUUAUCAUGCACUGGGUACCUUAAAGGCCAGGCUUUUUUACAUGGCUGCAUGCCAUCUCGGUCACCUCGGUUUCUUCUUAUGGUGAGAACCAAGCUGUGCUAGUUAAUAUAGGCUGCUUACCUAGUUAGUGAGUAGUGUUGACCAUGAAGUGCAAAAGUUCAGCACUUUGAAAAACAUGACAAUCUUCAUCCCUUGGCUCUAAACCUCUAUGCCUGUUGCUGUAAAAGGGAGGCUUCUGGUUGAUUAGGCUUCACCUGCUGUGGUAUAUGAAGCUGAAGUUGGCUUCGUAUUACACUAUUUAAGGUGGAACGGAAAAUUCCAAUAAGAAGCUGAUGAAGAAAACGCCAGCUUGUUCUGGUAACUAAGGUUAGCCAGGUAAAUGUGAGGUCAGCAGAUGUAAUAUUAAGUGUUUUCCUCUCAUUAUGGUAAUGGGGUGGGUACCUUUUUAACGGCUUAGCUACAGUGAAGUAGGCUAGUUGGCAAUCAUCACUAUAGUGACGUCUCUGGGACAUACUUCAAGCGUACUGGGACAUACUUCAGGCUUGCUGCCCCACUGCGCAGUCUACACAUUUAUAACUCUGAAUAAAGUGGAUUUGUUACCCAGCACAGAAGCAUGAAUAAUCAGCAAUAGUCAAUUCAAUAACUAGAUCAGGGGUCGGCAACCCAAAUGUUCAGAAGAGCCAUUUUGUCCUUUCAACAAAAAAUCCAACGACCUUGGGAGCCACAACAUUUUAUGUCCAUUUUACCAUCUUGGCUGUGAAUAUGUCUUAGAAUGUGCUGAUGUACUGAAAUAGGCUAAAAAAUAUAAUAUUAACAAACACGCAGACUUACUUUGCUCUGCUUUAAGGUUUCGCACAACUGUAGCUGCUUUUCUCACAUCUCUAGCAGGAAUCAAAAGUAGAACGGUUUCUUGUAAAACGUCUCUCAACGUUUGAUUUUUUAAUGAGGCUGAAGUCGCUUCUCAUUCGCCAGCUUCUUGUUUGAAUUUUCCCGUUCUACCUUAAA